AAUAAUAUUCGGUUUUAUUCAAUUAUAAUCGCUAUUCUUCUUUAUUUUUCCAUCCAUAGCCCACCUUUAUCCAGUAAAACUUGAUAUGUUCACUCUCUCAAAAACCAAUUUUCGAUAAUUACGUAUUGAUUUCCAUUGCAGCUGCAAGUCAUAUCGCCUAACGAAUUAAGUUUUUGUUAAUGUAGCAACAAUGGGCGACUCAAACAUUUUUGGAAAACGACAACGAAAUAGCGGUAUGAUGAUAACAAUGUGAUUACUUGUCUCGUCAAUGAUUUACAAGUUCUGAGUUUAUCCUGAUAGUCCUUAUUAUUAAUUAUUAAUUAGUUAUUAAAAUGCAUUCAUUUCUAAGCCGCGCAAAUGCAGUUUCCGCGUACGCCUUGAGCGUAUUAGCAUGCGUGACUUUCAUGUGUUUCCUAUCAACGCUCUUCAUCGAUUACAGAACUGAAGCUUCAAUUAAUACAGUUAAAGCUAUUGUGAAAAGUAUUUCCAAUUACAAUUCUGAGAGACAAACCAAUGAUCUUGGACAUAUUACCAUUGAUCUCAAAGCUGAUUUAACGCCAUUAUUCAACUGGAAUGUGAAGCAGCUUUUCGUAUAUUUAUAUGCAGAAUACGAGACACCAUCAAAUUCCCUAAAUCAGGUCAUUUUGUGGGACAAAAUAAUCAAACGUGGCGAUAAAGCGAAUUUAAAUUUGAAGAAUAUCAAUGUGAAGUAUUACUUCUGGGAUGACGGAGCGGGUUUAAAGGGAAAUAAAAACAUUACAUUAACAUUAUCGUGGAAUGUGAUUCCAAAUGCUGGUUGUCUUCCUCAUGUGAAUGCUAUUGGUCAACAUUCCUUCAGUUUCCCAAAUGAAUAUACUGUUGCAAAACAAUGAUGGUAGAGCUUAUAAUCUCAGGUUUCGAAUGUAAAAUAUUAUUCUGCUAUACUACGAUAAGUACGGCCAAACACGAAGUACGAUCUCGCUUUUACGUUACAAAAUAAGUUCGAGGGUUUUUUUUGGAAUUUUUGUUUCAUUCACCAUAAUAAUACAUCAAAGAUUUUGUUUUCGAUGUUGUGUAAAAACCUUAGAACGUGUAGUUUAUGUAAAUUUUUGCUUCGG